CCCCUGAGUGGAAGCUUUGUGCAGCAGCUGCAGCAGAGAAGUCUCAGUCCUGCUAAGACACCGAAGCCGCUUCACUCAGGCUCACCGGAGAUGAACGGGGACAAGAAAGCCGUCUUGUUCAGCUUCUGGGGCGUCGUUGUCUCGUCCAGACCUCAUGCUGUCUUUCACAAGUUGGAGGAGUUGCAUAACCUGCCAGGUGGCUUUCUGUCCAGCGUGGCGUCCCAGAAGGACGGCGCGCUGAGGCGGGCGGAGAGAGGCGAGGUGACGCUUUCUCAGAUGACGCCGGCGUUGGAGGCGGAGUGUGUGAAGGAGGCUCAGCUCAGGGGUGUGACUCUGCCGUCUGAUUGGUCAGUCAGACGCCUGCUGGAGGAGCUCAGAGAGGCCAUGAUGGACGUCCGGCCAGCUGUGCUGAAGACAGCUGCCAGUCUGCGUCACCGCGGGUUACUGACAGCCGUGCUGGCCAAUCACUGGCUCGACGACAGCGCGGCCGGAGACGGUCCAGCCCGCCUCCUCUCUCUGCUGGGCGGCCAUUUUGACCUGGUCCUCCAGUCCUGCCGCUCAGGUCACAGGGUCCCCGAGCCCUCCAUGUUCAGCUGUGCUCUGCAGCACCUGGGAGUGACAUCACAGCAGGUAGAGGACAGUUUACUUCCUGGAACCGCAGGUAAGAACUCUGAGAGGACAAGCAGCCUGUCUGUCUCGUUUCAGGCUCUGUGGCUGGACGCGGACGAUGAAGGUGUGAAGGCAGCAGAGGGAGCGGGGAUGAAGGCCAUCCUGGUGGAAAAUCUGGACGACGCUCUGGACAAACUGGCCAACUUCACCGGAGUUCAGGCUGUCGGAGCAGACAGUCCUCCACCCUCCUGCAGCCCAGAUGAAGUGUCUCAUGGAUACGUCACCAUCAGGCCUGGCGUGCGGACUCAUUAUGUUGAAAUGGGCUCAGGUCCUGCAGUUCUGCUGUGUCACGGCUUCCCUGAGAGCUGGUACUCCUGGAGGUAUCAGAUUCCAGCUGUGGCAGCAGCAGGAUUCAGGGUGUUGGCUCUGGACAUGAAGGGAUAUGGAGAGUCCACAGCGCCCCCAGACAUCGAGGAAUAUUCUCAGGAGCAGCUGUGCAAGGAUUUAAUCACAUUCAUGGACAAAAUGUCCAUACCACAGGUCACCCUGGUGGGUCAUGACUGGGGCGGCUUCCUGGUGUGGACCCUGGCUCAGUAUUACCCUGAGAGAGUCAGGGCUGUGGCGUCUCUGAACACUCCUCUGUUCCCUGCCGAUCCGUCUGUUCCUCCUGCAGAGAAACUGAAGGCCGUCCCCAUCUUUGACUACCAGCUCUACUUCCAGAAACCUGGUGUCGCAGAGGCCGAACUGGAGAAGGACUUGGAGAGAACGUUCAAGAUCUUCUUUUUCAGCAGUGCCGAAGCAGUGAAGCGUCCUGCCCUCAGCACUGCAGGAGUCUGUGCUCGAGGUGGUCUGUUUGUGGGGUUGCCGGAGCAGAUUUCCCAGAGCUCCAUGCUGACGGAGGCCGACCUGCAGUACUACGUCAGCCAGUACAAAGAGCGAGGCUUCAGGAGGCCGUUGAACUGGUAUCGGAACGGGGAGGCCAACUGGAGGUGGAUGUGUUCUCGUCCCACCGGAAAGCUGCUGAUGCCUGCACUGAUGGUGACGACCGGUAAAGACCAGGUCCUGCUGCCGGACUUCUCCAAAGGAAUGGAGGACUUGAUCCCGAACCUGAGCAGAGGACACAUCGAGGAAUGUGGACACUGGACUCAGAUGGACCGGCCGGCAGAGACCAACAGCAUCCUGAUAUCAUGGCUAAAAGAAACACACAAGAAGGCCGGAGGGGUUACUGUGGCCCCCAGACUGUGAGGGGGAGGCAGAGAGGAUGAGAGGGAGGAAGAAGGAGAGAGGGAGGACA